AUGGCUUCCGAUCAACCUCAACCGCAACCACUAGAAGAACCCAAAACGAUUCCCCUCAAAAUCCUAAUAGACAAAGAAAACAACAAAGUUGUUGCCGUCGAAGCACCCAAACACUUCAUCGACACUCUCUUCAGUUUCCUAUCUCUUCCACUUGCCACCAUCAUUCGUCUCUUAUCAACCAACAACAACGAUCAACAACAACAACAACCAUCAUCAGAAUCAUCACCAUUUCUCGGAAGCAUCAAAAGUCUCUACGAAAGUGUUCAAAGCCUCACUCCAAACGACGUUUGGAACCCUGUAUGCAAACAAAUGCUAUUGAACCCCAGGAAUCCAUGUGAAUUGUUAUGCAAGAAACUGUUCUUGAAUAUUGAUGAUACUGAAGCAUCAAGUGAGUUUUUUGUGUGUGAUACUUGUAACAUGUUUACAACUUUUCAGAACCUUGAUUGUACUUGUGGAAAACCUACUAAUAGAAGGCCUAAGAAUUUGGAUUCUGAAGGUCUAGGGAAUAGUACUAGUGUUGCUGUUGAUGAUGCUUUAAGUGGGGUUUUUGUGAAGGAAAAUGGGUCGUUGUUUUUGGUGUUUGAUGAUUUGAAGAUUGUGCCUAGUUCUUUGGUGACUUCCAUGCAGAUGUUGAUGGAAUUGGGGUAUUCGGAUUUGAGUCAAUUAGAGGAAGUUACACAAAACAUUGGAAAACAAGAGAUAUUGAACAUCCUCAAGUAUGCCUUAACCUCUCAAGAGCCUCUGACAAAAACAAUUUUGAAAAGUAGCUCCAAGAACAAAGCUCACCCGCCAAGCCAGUUUGCUUCAGCAGUCAAAGUAAAAACUUGCACCAGUGACAUUAAAAUGGAUGUUAAGCUAGUGCGAAGUAAAUCUCAGAAAAAGAUAAUCUUUGCAGAAACCGGCGAAAACUUUGUGGACUUCAUUUUUAGCUUUCUUACAAUACCAUUAGGGUCCAUCGUAAAGCUUUUGGAUGGUAACUCUUUUGUUGGAUGUAUUGAUAAUUUAUACAAAAGUGUGGAGAACUUGGACUCGUCCUGGUGUACAGGCUCGCGCUCUGUGUUACUCAAUCCUGGUGUCAUACCGCAGUUUGGUUGUCCAAACCAGCCCCUCAACAUUCCUCAUGUACAACCACCACUAGCUACGUAUUAUUAUGGUACCGGAACACCAAAGCUGUAUAACAAUAAUUAUGGUCAUCGUAUAGUAGAAGUAAAGGUAGAGGGAGGAGUGAUUUCUAAGACAAAGGGAUUGAUUUAUAAUCCAAUACACUUGAUUGAACUGGAUCCAAGAUCCCCCAACAAAUCAAAAGAAGGUGUUGUGGGAUUUAUGAAGAGACCAGCAUUAUAUGGUGUAGGAGAUGAUUUAAAAGUGCAAUCACUAUCUGCAAAUUUUUGUCUCUCAUAUUUGAAAGAACUGAACCUUCCCCUUGAUGAUCUUGAAGUGAAAGUGAUAAGUAUUGGUGAAGUUGAGGCUAUUAGUCUCUUUGCAGCUUCCUUGACAUCAAAAUCCACUCUGACUAGUGGACUUGAAGACUUUUUGAAUGUGCCAAAACAAGAUUCAAAUUUGACUUCAAAAUAUAUACAAACAACUAGUAGGCUUGAUGAACUUGCAAAGGAGCCUAAACCAGAAGACUGA